AUCAGGACAAGUGGGUAUUUUAAAUAUACGUAUUCUCUGGAUUUUUGUCAUUGCGAGUUGUAUCGUCAGCUAAGAUGUUUUGCGUUCCGCCUUUAUCAAGUUUGAUACGAAGCGAGUCAUCAAUGCUCGCCUCGACUCGCGAUGCCCCACUACCUCCCUAUCUAAAUGCAUCUUCUACGCGAAAGUUGUAUGUGUUUCGAGGCGUUUCGGUAAAGAAACUGGUUAGUCUCGUGUAGAUUCAACAAGGCCGUGGAGUGUAGCUCCGACGAUUGGCAUGCUGAACAUCCGAAGCCGGUUAUCGUGAUAUUGAAUUCCAUUAGGAAUUUUAGAUCAUUGAAAAGUGCUUCAAAGUGAAGUUCGCUAAGAGUGCCUCAAAGGAGUGCCUUGGAAGUGAAUAGGAAUAAAUAAUAAAUAAACAAAAAUAGACAAAUAAAACUAUACCGGAGAAGUAUAAUUCGAAAUGCUUGAAACGUACUUAUGCGAUCAGCAAGAAGAUAGUGUGAAAUUUCAAUAAAAACGCAAGAGGUAAACGUUACCGUUUACCGUUGGAAGUAUCAGUGGAAUAAUAAAAUAAAGAUGAGCAGUCAUACUCGGAAAUCGCAUUAAAUCUUACUCAAACUCCAUUUAAUAAAGCAGUGAUUAUAUGUGGACGAUUGCUGAAUAAUCAAGGUGUAAGAACUUUUCUGAGAUGGCUAAGAUUUCUGUCUUGAUCGCGUUGCUGCUGCAGCUUGGCACGAUGACAAAAGGAUUUCCGUGCUCUGACUUUUACAUACUUAUGAACAAACCCGGUUCAAUUGGUGAAAUAAUGGGACAAAUCACAAUCCCAUCCCCGUCAAAAAAUAAUAGCCUAUACCAUUUAAAAGUGGGUUUUAAUACGAACCCUUUGCUGCAAAGGAAAGAACCAGUUGCUCAAUUAGAUAUCGCAGAAUUGGAACAAGAAAUCAUUCGAGCUGUUCAACAAAACAGAACCUUGUUGUAUCAUGUUUAUUUUCCCGUGGGUCAACCGAUUCCAACACUGACUAAAAUAAUAUUUAAUUAUAAAGUACUUUGCAAUGAAGAAACAACAGAUGUCCAAACUACUAAAGAGAUAGAGAGAAUCGUAUAUUCAUCAGGCGAAAACUCGAUCACUCAAGAAUCGUCACCUAAUUUCCCUAUCUUUGAGAGCAACAUCUCAUUAUUGAAUCCAGUGUCAUUCAAUGAUACUGAUUGCGGUAAACCGUUUCCGUUAAAUAUCGUAAAUCCGUUAACUUAUCAUGGAUUUCUGACACAGCCAGGCGAGUGGCCGUGGUUGGCAGCAAUCUUUGUUACGAAUACUUUAGAAGAAAACUUUCAGUUUCAAUGUGGUGGUUCCGUUUUAACAACCAAACAUGUUAUAACAGCGGCGCAUUGUUUGAAAAGAAACAAUCGUGGCAACGAAACCUGGCCUCCCUACGCAUUACUGGUGGCUUUGGGACGAUUUAAUUUGACCCAUUGGCGUGAAAGGGGUAGCUUGAAUCAAGAGGUCGCGAACUAUGUGAUUCAUCCCGACUAUACGCAUUCUUCAAGUGGCGACUCUGAUUUGGCGAUUUUGAUCUUCAGGAGGCCCAUCAAAUAUGGCAAUUCCAUUAGACCUAUUUGUCUAUGGCCCAAUAAUUUAACUGAUAUUCAGCACGUUGUCAAUAGGUUGGGAUACGUUGUAGGAUGGGGCGACAAGACAGGGAAAGACAAGACAGGUCGUCGAAACACUGACGAUCCACGGAUGGUGAGAGUGCCAAUAGUGAAGCAGGAGACAUGUCUUCGUAGCGACACUACAUUCGCGAGUUUAACUUCGGAGCGCACCUUUUGUGCCGGUUGGCUAAACGAGACAGGUCCUUGUAACGGUGACAGCGGGAGCGGAUUAGUGAUUUACGACUAUACCAAUCGCCGUUUUCUGUUACGUGGUAUCGUUUCACGAUCGAUGUUUAACGAAGCAUAUUUGUGCGAUCCUACGAGAUACAUCGUGUACGUCGACGUGGCCAAAUAUAUAUCCUGGAUUUUGGUACAGAUCUCCAAUUAACGCUGAUCUCGCAUCGCGGAACACGAAAUGUCGUCGACAACCUUCUUAUGGAGAUUUACCAACAAAGUCACACCACUUGUAUAUCUGUGAAGAUGAAAAUUACAAGUUUUAGUUUCAAUGACGAUUCCUAUAGCUAUAAUGAACUUAUUACAAUGUUAAUAUUAAAAUUUAUUAAAAUAUGUGAAUAUAAACGCAUGAAAUGUAGUUGUCUGUUUUUAUGAAUUUUUAACAAUUAAGAAUAAAUCAUAUUAUAACAUGUAACAACGCAAUUAUAACGUGUUAUAAUAUGUUUAUCGAUGUACUUAUGAAAUUUUCUACUCUAUAUUGUAUUAUGUAAUCUAUCGUUUUGUUAAUUUUUUACAUUAAAAAAUUACAAAAAGUACAAAAAAAUAUUGCUGGCAAUUUUAAUUCAUAAUUACAUUAUAUGCAACUACAUUAAAUGUAUGCUAUUCUAACGGUAUAAGUUUUAGUUGUCUAACAUGUAAGUAUAAAAGUUUUUUAUAAAAUAAAAUUACACGGUUAAACUAUACGCAUACAUACGUUUUCGUACUAUACACU